UUUAUGAUGUUUACUUGGGUACUACUUUGAGUCGUACAUGGGAGUUAUUCGGCCGCGGUGUACACAUCGGAUAUUGGAGACUUUCAUUCAUGAUUGAGUGUGCAGUGAACAUGGAAGGUUUAUACUGUUUUUAGUUCGCGGAAAGUUUAAACAAUGAGGAAUACUUAUGGAUAUGUUUUAUUGCACGGUAAGGACUUUUUAUAUAAUGUUAAUUUAUAUUUUGUGACAAGCUAUGCACAUGUUGAGGCAUGAAGUGGGGCACAAUGUCUGUGCAGUCAAGGUCAAGUGUUACCAAGUGUCUUUUCUGGGUCACUGCAUUGUGCCUAGCAACAGUCACCUUGACAACAGAGGGAGCGGGACUUUAUGACCUGCGUUUCACACAGAAUGUUUUCAAUGUCUCGGUGCCGGAAAAUUCCCAUGGGAAAACUUUUGCGAGUCCCGCAUCAAAAAUGGGGAUAUAUAUACCAGAGAACUUACCAGUGACCAUAACAUACCAGCUGCUGGAUACAACAGAUGAUCUCUUUAAAGUUGAAGACCGGUUAGUUGGGGAUUUCUCUUUCCUCCUUAUACGUACACAUUCCGGAAGCUAUGGUAGACUUAAUCGUGAAUUCAAGUCAGAAUAUCACUUUAAAGUGAAAGCAGUGGCAGAAAGUAAUGGAGUAACAUUUGAAACAACUGCAAAUGUGAUAGUUUAUAUAUCUGAUUUAAACGAUCUUCAGCCAUUAUUUGAUCAGACUAGCUAUGAAGUAACUGUGCCUGAAGACACCCAUCUUCAUCAAAGCAUUGCCCAGGUGUCGGCAUAUGACGGAGAUCAAGGGAUCAAUCGAGAAAUUUACUACAGCUUUGUAGAUAAAACAAACGUGUUUGCCAUUCACCCAACCAGUGGGGUCGUCACUUUAACAAGGCCACUUAACUAUUUCCUUAAAAAGGAAUAUACUUUACAAAUCUUAGCACAGGAUCGUGGUCCAAUAUCAACACAGAGUACUCGCAAAAGGCCUGCAACUCUGUUGGUGCAAGUGAGGCUGGUAAAUUAUUUUCCUCCAGACAUAAACGUUAAAAAACUACCAACUGUGAUAGAGCCCAGUCAAGGUGAGGUAGUGCUUGCUAUCGUCAAGGUGCAAGAUCGUGAUAUCGGUGAAAAUGGGAAGGUUAAAACAGUACAAUUGUUACAGAGCCCCGCCAAAGAGCUUAUCAGUCUACAGAAAGGGGGCCAGGAAGGCGAAUAUAGGGUCGUUUUGAAGUCAUCUAUGCAGGUUGAGACACCGAAUCCGGGUUUCAACCUGACAGUUCAAGCUAUCGAUAAUGGUGCUCCUGCUUUGGACAGAAAUGAAACAUUUUAUAUCAGUGUUUAUGAUUCAAAUGUCAUACCAAAGUUUACAGUGUCAGCUAUAAGUGUUCAGGUGGAAGAAAUAGCACCGAUUAACACGCCAAUCACGUAUGUACAAGCAGAGUCAAACCGGAAAUUUGACAUCAGGUAUGAAAUUGUUGGUGGGAAUACGUUUAAUUUAUUUAAAGUCAAUCACAUAUCAGGCCUAGUGUCUACCUCAGCGAUCUUGGAUGCUGAAAAACUGAGAAAUGUGCAGUUGAAAAUUGUGGUCUAUAACGCUGUGCAAAGGAAUCUAAGAUCCAGUGAUACAUGUAUUGUGAAUAUAGCAAUUGUUGACAACAAUGAUAAUGCCCCACAAUUUCAUAUCACAGACAAUGUUUCAGAAAUUUAUAUCCAGGAAAAUUUACCGAUUGGAUCAAGUAUUAUCAAAAUUGGUGUCACAGACCUUGAUCAAAAUGAAAAUGGUAAAAUAAGCUUUUCAAUAAUCAAUGCCAAAAAUGUUCCAUUUGAAAUAGAGCCCUUUACAGGCAUUAUUCGGACAUCCAGCAUUUUGGAUUAUGAAACAAUGCGUCACUCUUACAAGUUGAAUAUUCGAAUAUCAGAUUGGGGGCUACCUUUUUCGCGCGAAAAUGAAAUGAUUUUUACUGUAAAUCUCCAGGACACAAAUGACAACAAGCCUCAGUUUGAGACAGGUAAUUGCACGGGUGUUAUUCAUAGAAAGGCUCCAGUGGGGACAGAAGUGCAGGUAGUUCCUGCAAUCGACUUUGAUGUCAAUGACAUUCUGCAGUACCAUAUUGAAGCUGGAAACGAGAACGCUUGUUUUGCCAUCGACAGCGGGACUGCGCGGCUGACGCUAAAUUGCCCACUGGUAGUUAUCAAAGAGACCAGUCAGCGUUUGCGAAUUGUAGCCAAAGAUGGGCGCCAUGACUCUGAUCCUGUUGAUAUUCAGAUUAAUAUCACAAAUGAUCCUGCUGAUCAAAGACUUUCUGGAAAACCUUUGAACAUUGUCUGCCAGCGUACAGACAUUUAUCAACGACUUCAGAAUCUUGUUGCACUUUCCCACUCAAAUAAUGAACCUACAGAUUAUGGUAUUGCAAAAACAACGCUUCCAGAUGCAGUGAACACUGCACCAAAAUUUAACAACUCUGUGCCAAAGAAUCUCCAUCUCUCUGAAGGGGUACCUGUGGGUUCAAUCGUUGCCCAUUUUCAAGCUGUUGAUCAGGACACUGGAUAUAAUGGCAAACUGGUUUAUGUCAUAGGCAGUGGUGAUGUUGAAGGAUAUUUUAAGAUUGAUAUGUUUGCAGGGACAUUAAUGGUCAUUGCCCCAUUGGACAGAGAGUUAAGGGAUGAAUAUCGUCUGCUUCUGGAAGUGUCUGACCUGGGCUCACCACAGUUGCUUAGCAACAUAUCAGUUGACAUAAAGGUGCUAGAUGAAAAUGACAAUGCCCCAAAAUUCAAUCAAGACUUGUAUACAGUUAUAAUUUCUGAAAACAUUAAUGUGAACUCUACAGUAGCUCAAGUCUCAGCCACCGAUAAAGAUCUUGGUAAAAAUGCUGAAAUUGUGUACACGAUAGUCUCUAAUACAGAUCAUUUCUCAAUCAAUCCGUCAAGUGGAAUUAUUAAAGUUAACAAGCCUCUUGAUCGUGAAAAGUAUCCAGUUUACCAAGUGCUUGUUCGAGCCUCUGACAAAGGGGAGAAGCUGGUGAGUCUCAGCUCCACGGCAAUGGUGCUUGUUGAACUGACAGAUGUCAAUGAUGAAGUGCCUGAGUUUACACCAAACUCGUAUAGUGUCAGAAUACGAGAGGACCACCCUGUAGGAUCAGUUGUAACCGUGGUUACAGCAGCUGAUACGGACGAGGGAAAAUUUGGCGAAGUGUCAUACCAUCUUGUGUAUGGGGAAGAUUUCUUUGAGAUCGAUUCGAAAACUGGAGUUAUUAGAAUUAUCAAAGGCUUGGAUUACGAAAGUCACCAAGUGCAUAAUAUCAGUGUAAGGGCGCAAGAUGGUGGUAUACCCCCCCUAGUGUCUGUGUGUUUUAUCAACAUCGAAGUCUCGGAUAUUAACGAGAAUUUCCUAGCUCCUGUGUUUGAAUCAUUUUUCGCUAUUGGAUAUGUAAGUGAGAACGAACCAAUCGGAGUUACUGUGAUGUUUGUAAAAGCGUAUGACCCCGAUGGUGAUGGUGUUACAUAUUCUAUCAGAGACGGAACGGGGCUAGGAAGAUUCACUAUUGAUUCAAAUGGCACGAUUUGCACGAGUCAAGUUCUGGACCGUGAGACAGCUACACACUACUGGCUGACUGUGUAUGCCCAGGACCACGGACUGGUCCCGCUACACUCAAGAAUCGAGGUCUACAUCGAGGUCACUGAUGUCAACGACCAUAUACCGCUGACUUUUGAACCAGUCUACUACGGGACGGUGUUCGAGAACGCAAACAACGGUUUUGUGACCCAGAUACAGGCGUUCGAUCUUGAUAGGAAUCUGAAUCAGAGCCUGAAGUACGCGAUCACACGAUUCGACCCUCUGGAGUUCUUCCAAAUUGAUCCAGAUACUGGUGUGAUCCGCGCCAGUGGCAAGCCUUUUGACAGGGAAACCAGGGCGGUUCAUCAGUUGGAGGUGACGAUUACCGACCAAGGAGAGCCACCUCUAAAGUACGAGACUCGAGUCUUCAUCACGGUCCAGGACGACAAUGACAACAAGCCAACCUUCAACCAGCCUCUCUACCGUCUGCAGGUGCCUGAAACCCUUCACCAUGGCAACAACAUCGUUGUCUUCCAGAUCCUAGCCUGGGAUGACGACGAGGGACUAAAUGGCGAAAUCAAGUUUGAUAUCCGAAGAGCGAAGGACGAUUCUGACUUCUUCACCAUUGAUCCAGAGUCGGGGGUCGUCUUCGCCACUGAUGAUCUUACAUUCGGGGAUGUACAUCACUUCGUUGUACGAGCCUCAGACAAGAGUCCCAGUGAGCCCAAACGCUCCACUGUGAAGGUGCGUAUCGAGGUAGUGGAGCGACUGAAGAAGUCUCCAAACCCACCCAAGUUUUCAGUGCCAUAUCUCAUGAAGCGGGUGAUGGAGAACGACCGGGUCGGCCAUCUUAUUGACCUGAUACAGGCCCAGGAUUUGGACCGGGAUGAACUCUUCUACUCCAUUGUUGAUGGAGACCCUGACCAUCAGUUCUACAUCGGCAAGACUGAAGGAAUUCUCAUGGUGGCUCGGCCCCUGGACUGGGAGAGGAAGAAAGCAUACAACCUUACCCUGCAGGUCACAGAUGGAGUGCACAACGACAACUGUACGGUACACAUUGAGGUUUUAGAUGUGAACGACAACACGCCCCAGUUCUCUGCACUGCACUACGAGGGCAGCUUUCCAGAGAGCACUGAGGUCGGCGCAACCUUGCUCAAGGUCGUUGCCACGGACGCAGACAACAACAGGCUAAUCUACUCCCUGCCUGAGUGCUGCAACUCCAAAACCAGUCUGCAGCUGUUUGCUGUUGGGGCUGAAACUGGUGCAGUAGUUGUUCGUAACCCACUCGACCGAGAGGUGGAAAUGCAGCACAAUCUCACAGUGAUGGUCAAUGAUCAAGGCAUGAACCCGAACCAGAACUUCACGCGUGUCACCAUCAAUGUGGUCGACCACAACGACCAUGCACCACAGUUCCCCACAGCGCUCUUCAGAGGUCGCGUGUUUGAGACAGCGGCCGUUGGUACCUCGGUUAUACAGGUUUUGGCCAUCGACCAAGACAAGGGACGCAACGCUGAAGUCGCGUAUUCAAUUGUCUCUGGUAAUGCUGGUGGAACUUUUGACAUUGACCCACUUUUAGGGACAGUCACCGUUGCAAAGGAGCUUGAAAAUAUCGAGAAGUCAGAGUUCACCUUGGUUGUAAUGGCAACUGACCAGGGUGAAACACCACUAAGUACUACGGCAACAGUUUCUAUCGUGGUCACCAUGUCUGAUAAUGCCCCACCGAGGUUUGAUAAACAAGAAUACAUGACAGAGUUGUUGGAGAAUCAGCCAGUGUUCACAAACGUUUUCACGAUGAUGGCAGAUUGUCGAUCAAGUGUCAUCUACACAAUUAUAGCGGGAAAUGAAAAAGACGUGUUUGCGAUAAAUCCUAAUUCAGGUGUCAUAUUUACAAAGAAAAUGGUUGAUUAUGAAAUGGAUCAUGGAUUUAAUUUGACAAUCAGAGGCACAAGUGUAAUCCAUUCCUAUGCCGUAGCUUACCUCUUUGUACAUGUAAUUGAUGCAAAUGACAAUGCCCCAGAAUUUGUACAUAUGGAAUAUGUUGGUAAUAUUACAGAGGGUGCUAAAGUUGGCAGCAUAGUUCUUGAUGGAAAGGCUGAACCAUUGGUUGUAAAAGCGACAGACAAAGAUUCAAGCCUUAACGCUAUUUUAAUGUAUGAAAUCAGAGACGACUUUGCCAAAAAGUUUAUCAUUAUUGAUCCUAACACUGGUGCCUUAAGGACAGCUGUAGAGAUUGAUCAUGAAGUAAUCAGUAAAAUAGAAAUGACAGUGGAAGUAUGGGACAUGGGUAAACCCCAGCUACGAUCACGCUCCCCUGCCAAGGUCACUGUUUAUAUAAAUGAUGUCAAUGAUACACCCCCACAGUUCAGUGCUCAGUCCUACAAAGCAGAGGUUCUGUUACCAACGUACAAAGAUGUUAUCGUCUCACAGACUGUAGCAACAGAUGCAGACACAGGGAUCAAUUCGAAGUUGCAGUACUCCAUUGUGAAGGGAAACUCUGAGAAACGCUUCAGAAUCAGUAAAUUCUCUGGAGCAGUGUACAUCGAUAAUGAGGUUGACAUUGGCGAUGCCUACACUUUAACCAUUGAAGUUUAUGACGGGGUAUUUCGAUCACAAGCAUUAUUGAACAUCAGUAUAUCAAAACCUGUCCAGCACCCAUUCCACUUUACACAAGAAGUCUACGUAGCCAGUGUUCAUGAGAACAGCCCCAUGGAGAAAACCUUGACAGUGUUGCAGGUUGCAGAUAGAGCUCUGAACCAACAGUACACUUUCAGUCUGCUCAACGGUCAGGGGAAGUUUGAGAUGGGCAGGACUUCUGGAGUGCUUACAACUACUGGUGUCUUGUUUGAUAGAGAGGAAAUCAAUAUUUAUAAUCUGGUUGUUGAGGUGAGACGGGAAAGUACAAGCGGUAUGGAGCGUGCUCACGUGGUUAUCAUGGUAACAGUGGAAGAUGAGAACGACAACAACCCAAUGUUCACCAACCAGCCGUACCACGCUGUGUUGGUACAUACCUCCCCCUUGGGGCAUGUCAUCAAACAGGUUAUGGCCAUUGAUCACGAUGCCAACAAGUUUGGGCGUGUCACGUACAGCUGGAAAGGUCAAGGUGACAUUGACAGCCGGUUCGCUAUCGAUCCUGACUCAGGGAAGAUAACUCUGUUCAAGCCUUUGAGGGACACUGAUGUUGGGCAGAGAAUAACACUGGCUAUCACAGCACGAGAUGGAGGUUUGCCAGCCAGAACUGCUGAGACAUCUGUGCAGGUGUCCAUUAUCAGUGACAUCUAUCCCGUGUUUGAGCAAACAGUCUACCGUGCCUUCAUUCCCGAGUACUUCCCAAUCGGAUCCUCUGUAGUGAGUCUUUCUGCCAACAGUCCGAGUGGUCAGAAGCUUAUUUACACAAUCAGUGAUGGUGAUACUUACGGAGAUUUCAACGUCGAUUACAAUAUCGCUAUGGAUGUCCAAAGCCCCUGUGUGGUCAAGAUUCAAGGGGAGGUAACCAUGUCAACAUCCAGCUACAAUCUGACUGUCCAGGCCAUAGAGGUCAUGUCUGGACUGACCGCUACAGCCAUGCUUAUGGUCACUGUUCAGGAUGUAAACAACAUUUCCCCGAGUUUUUCGGAGCAUCUUUACAAAGUCAGCAUAUCUGAAUCUGCCAGAAUUGGUGCCAUGGUGACCAAAGUGACGGCCUUCGACCCUGAACCGAAAAGCAACGGCCUUAUCCACUACACAUUACUCCCUCUUGGUUCAAGUAACGCACUGGACUAUUUCUCAAUCAACCCAGAAACUGGGACUAUAUUUACCAAGCGGUUCUUGGACCAAGAACAACAGUCGGAAUAUCAGCUUUUGGUUGAGGCGGCUGAUAGUGGCGUUCCAGCAUUGUCAGGGACGACUACGGUUGUUGUGAAGAUUGAUGACCUCAAUGACAACCCACCAGUGUUUGACCAGCCAUUCUACCACUGCACGAUCACUGACCAGGUUACCAGAGGUCAGCUGGUCACCAAGGUUUCUGCCACUGAUCCCGACUCCUGUAGCAUAGGGGCACUACGUUAUGCUAUAAUAGCAGGAAAUGAUGAUCAGACAUUUGAAAUGGAUGAAGUAAAAGGGAUCAUACUUCUUUCUCUGCACAGGGUUCCAAAACUUCACCUCGCAUACAAUCUGAAUAUUUCUGUUUCCGAUGGUGUGUUCUCGAAUUUUGCCCGCGUGAAUAUCAAGGUACAGAAUAGCAACAAGCAUGCCCCAAGGUUUGACCACCAGAUGUAUGUAGCAGAGUUUCCUGAGAACUACGGGGAGGGGAUGUUAGUCACUCAGGUCAAGGCCACAGAUGAAGAUGAUGGGACAUAUGGGAUGAUAACUUACUCCAUACCCAGCGAGGAAAUGCAGCAGUACUUCCGUAUGGACGCCGAUACUGGUGAGAUGUACUCAAUGCAAGUGCUGGAUCGUGAACAAAGGUCGGUGUACUCUGUCCCAGUAGCCGUCACAGACAAUGGUGGCCGUAUGACCUUCACGACCGUGCACAUCUCUGUGUCCGACCAGAAUGACAAUGUGCCGCAGUUCCUUGCCCAGGAAUACAAGGUCACGGCUCUGGAUGGGCUGCCUCUGAACUACACUGUCCUGCAGAUUCUUGCCGAGGAUCCUGAUAUAGGCCAGAACGGAGCCAUUGAGUACAGCUUCUCACCAGGUACUACCGAGCGUGUGGCUCAAACAUUCCGUCUCGAUCCAAACUCAGGCACGAUUACUCUCGCAGCCAGUCUCAAGGACUCUGUAAAUGAGUAUUUCCAGUUCUUCGUUCAAGCAAGUGACAAGGGGCUGACCCCUAUGAAAAAUGAUGUCCCAGUCAACAUUUGGGUCACGGACAACGACAGCGCGCAACCCAUAUUUUCCCAGCCUUCCUACUCGUUCUUCAUGCUGGAAAACGAACCAGUCUCUUCAUUUGUUGCCACAGUUAAAGCCCUGAGCUCCUCACCAUUAGAGUACAUUAUUGUCCCGGGAUACACAAAGGGCAGUAACUCCCCAGUAAGAUUCAGCAUCGACAGUCAGGGAAGAAUUCACGUGAUGUCUGCUGUGGACAUGGAGACCAUAAGUGUGUACACUCUGACCGUGCAGGCUCAGACACUCAGCAACCCCCCUCUGGUGACACAAGCCAUUGUCUACAUUCGCUUGAUGGACAUUAACGACAACUACCCAUACUUCGAGUCGUUUCCCUACAUGGUCACUGUACCAGAAAACGCAGAAGCUGGAACAGAACUGAUGCAGGUUGUGGCACGUGAUUUAGACAGGUCUUCAAAAUUUGUCUACUCAUUCGGAAACGAUGUACGAAAAUAUUCGCAGAAAUUCAGCAUAGAUUCGAGCACAGGGAUGAUAAGUCUGUUAUCUCCCUUGGACCGUGAAGCACAGGACCUGUACAACCUGACCGUGUUGGUGAAGGAUAAUGAAGGUCCCCGCGCCCUUCAGAACUUCACGGUCAUACAGGUCAAGGUCAUGGAUCAUAACGACAACCCUCCUGAGUUCACGCGCACCCUCUACCAGGCUGCAGUUAAUGAGGACGCAUUUGAAGGGACCAUUCUUAUGACCUUGACAACGGUUGACAAGGAUUUGACCUCUGACCCUCAGUAUUACAUCACAGAGGGUGACCCAGAAGGGAAAUUUAAGAUUCGUAAAAAUGGAGAUGUUUACGUGAAUCGUGUACUUGACAGAGAGAAGGUGCCGAGGUACAAGCUGACUAUUGCCGUCACUGAUGGCGCCUUUGUUACCACGGCAACACUAACUAUUGACAUUCUUGACGCUAAUGACAAUGCGCCAGUUUGCAGCAAGCCCGUGUACACAGCAGUCGUUAGUGAAGAUGUGACCCCAAGCUGGGUCAUUGCACGCCUCAAGGCCACGGACGCAGACGAAUACGGUUCCUUGCGAUACGAACUUACAGGAGAUGGCACCAAGGAUUUCUACAUCGAGUCUAACUCUGGUAUCCUGACAGCAGCCGUGUCUCUGGACAGAGAGCGUGUGGACCGCUAUUACAUGGAGGUGAGGGCAGUGGACAUUGGGGGCAAGUUCUGUGUCAUGGAGGUACACCUCACGAUACGCGAUGUCAAUGACAACAGCCCAGUGUUUGAGACGCUAGAACAGCCAGUCAGUAUCAGCGAGGGAGCACCAGUCAACACCCUCGUGUAUCGGGUGUCAGCUUCGGAUGCUGAUCUAGGUAAUGACCGCCAGAUAGUGUAUUCCUUGAUAUCCAACCCGGGCGAGACUUUCAAGAUGGACUCCAAAAGUGGACUGAUCCAGUUGUCCAAGCUUCUCGACCGAGAGAAAAUGCCCGCAUACACCUUAAGGGUCAGGGCCACUGACAAGGGCACCCCUCAACUUACCAGUGAAAUGGACAUAGAUAUCACAGUGACCGACAUCAACGAUAAUCCACCUGAGUUUGAGCAGACCACAUACUGGUCAUCUGUGCCUGAGGACGCGGUCAUCGGUCAGUACGUGACCACUGUACGAGCCACAAGUAGAGACAUCGGUCUCAAUGCCAAGAUUGCCUACUUUAUACAGGCAGGGAACGACAAGGAUAAGUUCACGGUGGAGCCGGACACAGGUGUGAUCCGUACUGCUGGAUACCUGGACCAUGAGUCGGUUCCAGGCUACGUGCUCACAAUUAGGGCCCAGGACCAUGGCGACGUUCCACUCAGCAACACAGCCUACGUGCAGAUCAAUGUGACCGAUGUUAAUGACAAUGCCCCAGUGUUCAUGCAGAAACACUACACAGGGCAGGUUCGGGAGGAUGCAGCUAUCGGGACACGCGUUCUGCAGCUAUCCACAGCUGACCUUGACAGUGACCCAGCUAACAAGGUUGUCAACUACAGCAUCAUGGCUGGGGACAGCCUGCACGUGUUUGAUGUGCAUCGGACCGAGGGAUACCUCAUUGUGAGGAGCCGUCUUGAUAGGGAAGAUAUUGACGUGUACACGCUGCAAGUUCGUGCCACCAACUACCACAUGAGCACGGACACACUGGUCACCAUGGUGAUUCUAGAUGCCAACGACUGUGCACCCACUUUCUCCCAGGAGAACUAUACAUUGCUUGUGCAGAUGAACGAUGUCCCUGAGGACAGGAAGCUUACCACAUGCAUCCUGAAAUUUGAGGUCACGGAUGAUGACCUCGACCCCAACGGUGCGCCCUUCACCUUUGACCUCCUUGGUCACAAGGAUGGGAAAUUCAAGGUCGAUGCGGAGGGAAAUCUGUGUAUUGCUGGCGAGUUGAACCGCAAGAUCACCGCCAUAUAUCACCUUAAGGUGCGGGUAUUUGACCGCGGCACCCCUGCCAUGUUUUCUGAUGUAAAUGUUGAUGUGGAGGUGAUUGAAGAAAGCACCCAAGCCCCUGUGGUGUCAAAUCUGGAUGUGUCCAUUAGCUCAUAUCUGGAUGAAUUCCCAGGAGGUGUGAUUGGUACACUGAAAGCUGUGGAUGGGGACAAGUUUGAUACUCUCUCCUAUACGGUUUCUUCCGUGCAUCGUAACAUGUUUGAUAUCGACAAGAAAGAUGGGCGCGUGAUUGCAUUUGCUGGUUUGGAUUCAGGGAGGUACAGCGUCAAUGUUAGUGUCACAGAUGGAAAGUAUACCUCGAUUGGUAUUGUAAACGUAGAUGUUACCACAAUCACCAAGCAAAUGAUAGAGAAUGCUGUGACCAUACAGUUUGAAAAUAUGGAACCUCGAGAGUUUGUGAAAAUCCAUAAGGCCGACUUUAUUCGAUUGGUGAAGGAUGACCUGAAUGUAAGAACAAGUGACGUCUUCAUAAUCAGUAUUCAAAACUCCCAGAGCUCCAUCAACAAGUCAGCAAGAAAACGCCGUAACACUGGCGAAAAGAACCUAGAUGUGUUGUUUGCUGUUUACAAGGGAAGUGAGUAUCUACCGAGAGACAGACUGAAACGGAAGGUCAUGAAAAUGGAAGACGAAAUCGAGACUGCUUUGGGCGUGAAGGUUGUGAGUAUAUUCUCCGAUAUUUGCACCAAGGAUCUGUGUAAGGACGGGGAAUGUGUGGGACUUGUAGAGUUUGACAAGGACAGUCUGGUGCCUGUGUUCCUGGAUGGCGGGAGCUUCGUAUCUGCCAAGCACAAGUACACAUAUGAAUGUCAGUGCCCCAACGGCAACGUAGGUGACAACUGCCUGCCCAACCCACGUAGCUGCUCAGAGGCGCCAUGUCCCGAGUACAAGGUGUGUGUCCCGGAUAUGGAGCGAGGGUACCAGUGCAUGUGCCCGCCGGGUCAGACUGGGCGACAUUGUGAGAAGGACCUCGAUAACAAGUGUGAUAACAUCAACUGUAACAAAGGAGACUCUCCCAUCACAUUCACGGGUUCUAGCUACGCCAAGUGGACGCUGCACAACAAGAUUGAGGAGCGACUCAGCCUCUCUCUGAGAAUCAAGACGAUCAAAGAGACCUCCUGCCUCAUGUUUGCCAAGGGACGUGUCGACUACAGCAUCCUUGAGCUGAAGAAUGGCAUGGUGCAGUACCGGUUUGACUGCGGCAGCAGUGAGGGGCUCGUUAUUCUGCCAAACCACAUCAGUGAUGGCAAGUGGCACACCAUCAUGGUGGAGCGUUAUGGGAACUCAGCGGAAGUGUUCCUCGAUGGACAGUACUCUGCCAUUACAACCGCCACUGGCAAGAAUGAUGUCUUGAAUCUGGACAAUAGCGACGUUUACUUCGGUGCUGAGGUUGAGACCUACUCCAAUGGUUAUAUUGAUGUACGCAAAGGUUUCCGCGGCUGCAUCGAGGAUAUUCGGAUUCAUAAUGUGCGUCUACCAGUUUCCGGUAGCAACGCAGUCGCGCUUUCUCAGCAGUUUGAACAAGUGGAGUUCUCCUGUAGGGAUUCUGAGUUUGCUCUGCUUGGGGACAGCGUCUGCAGCAGUUUUCCGUGUAUGAACGGUGGCAAGUGUGAGUCAGCGGGUACCUCGUUCAUCUGUCGGUGUGGAGACCGCUUCUCAGGCCAGCGCUGUGAGAUUGACAAGGAACCAUGUCUCAAGAUUCCCUGUCUUAACAAUGGUGUUUGCCAGAAUGUAAAGGGCAUACCCAACGACUUCAUCUGCACGUGUCAGCCUGGUUACCAGGGGCGACGGUGUGAGUACGGCAAGUACUGUCGCUCCCUGCCCUGUCUGCAAGGGGGCACCUGCAUCGAGGGACCUACUUCCUACACCUGCCGCUGCCUGCCUGGAUAUAGUGGACCACGCUGUGAGACCUUACAGGAUGUGUGUUUGUCAAACCCGUGUGAGAAUGAUGGUGUAUGCCUGCAGGAGGGAACCACGUACACGUGUAACUGCACGCUCGCAUACCAAGGUGACAAGUGCCAGGAUGUAGUCCUGCCCGUGGUCACAUCCAACGCUGCGGGAAUCAUGUCUGAUGAGAUCUACAUUAUAGUUGGUGUCAUCUGUGGGCUGAUUUUCAUAGUGGUCAUAUUAGUGAUCGUACGUGUAAUGUGGCAGCGAAGGAAGCAACGACACCGCCAAAACAUCACGGGAGGGGUAGCGCAUGACACUCAGGAUGUCUACUUGAGUCUUUUGAAGGAAGACAAGCACAAAUACAAAGCGGAGAACAUCGUUGAAAAUGUGAACAAUCUUCGUAAAACUCCACCAUCCCCGACGCCACCACCUGUCCCGAACAGACCUGCUUCCUAUACACCGAGCGCUCGUGACUCCAUCCACACACUGAACAACUUUGACCAGUUGAGGAACUGUAACUAUGGCAGUGCAACAGACGAUCUUGAGAAUCCUCGUAAUAUUCCGCCCUACAAUGUGGACUUUCAGAUGUUUGGUCCAGUACGUAGCGUGGCAAGCGUUCAGCCCACGUUGCCUGCCUCUCUGUCGUCAAGUGACUCGGACUCACUGCAGAAAGAACCCUGGGAGAGGGCGUGUCAGAACAUACUGCAGAACUAUAUGUCAGUUGCAGAGAAGAAUUCAGACAAGAUGCUGAAGAAGAUGCCAGUGGGGACAGUUCAGCCAAUGAACCAUCUUCAAGGUCACGUGCAUGACAACACUUCGGUCAUCAGUCUGCCAAUAUCAGAGUCCGAGGACGACCAACAAGCCAGUAGAAAGAAACGGAAUAAAGGCUAUCAUUGGGACACGUCUGAUUGGGCCCCGGAGAAGUCUCUCCCCAACAUCAGCGAGCUACCCGCUGGUGAGUGCCUGGAUUCUCCCGGGUCAGGAAGCCCUGCAUAGCAACACAUUCAUCACCAAGGUUUAUGUGACCAGGAACAGCGGCCACUACAUGGCUGACUGGGAAUUCAUGGAGUCAGAAUAUGUCGGUGAUUCAGAAUUCGCAGAGACUGAUACAGAAAAUAUUCCUGAUAUAGAUCUACCAAACUAUGAGGAACUUUUAGCUGAGCAGAGUCGACUAUUGGAGGGGUAUGAGAGUAGGAAUAUUAACGUUCACAUCCACCCGAACUAUUACCUGCCCCUGAACUCGAGUUUCACGAGCACUCACAGCGCAGAGGAAGGUCCGCGCCAGGAAAUCUGGCCUCCUCCGCCUGCCUACGCUAUGAACUGGUCUGGACAACACUGCAAGUGACUCCAGCCACACCACCAGCUCAGAAGAUGACAACGAUUCUGUCUUACACUACGGCUUCCCUGUAAACCAGAACAAUAUCAAUCGCUUGUCGAUGAUCACGACCGACAGCGAGUUUGAUCAUCGUCGGCUGUCAGCUGCUUUCACGACAGACAGUGACUUCAAUGAUGGUGAUUACAACCAUGGUGAGGUUGUGGAUGAUAUGUCUGAAAUCUCUGGUGUAUGUGAGCUAGAAGACAGUGAGGCAAACAUCAGCGAUGAUGAAAACACGCCCCUUCAGACUGACAAGCGGAUUACAGAAGUUUAGACUGAUACUGUUGGACUUCUUUUAUGUGUGACAGGAUUAUCAAUUAUCUUUUCAUAGAUUAAUGGUGAUAGCCACAGUGAAUAUUGAUUCUUGGGAACAAAUUAUUACAAUCCUCACAUUUUUGACAAACUAUUCAUCUGCUUAGCAUAUCAUCGCAGUGUAUUCCUGGUACAAAGCUUGCUUAGUGGUUUGGAAUAAGAAGCCUCACUCUGAUAAAUUGGGCUUAAUGCAUAUGCAUAAAGUGUCAUCCCAGAUAAGCCUGUGCAGUUUUUGCAGGCUAAUUAGGAACAACAUUUUCUGCUUGACUGGAUUUUCUUUUAGAAGAGACCUCCUUUAAACAAAAAAUUUCAUAAAGCUGAAAGUGUUGUUCCUGAUUAUCCUGUGAGGACUCCACAGGCUGAUCUGGGAUAAAGUUUGAUGUACACUGCAUUAAGCCCUGUUUUCCCAGAGCAUGUCUCAAUGUGUAAUAGCUAAACUGUAUUAGGAAAAGUAUGAAUUACAUACACCUUUAUUAUUAGAAAUAUGUCUGAAUACUUUGAUGAAUUAAAUACAAAAUGGAAUUAUUGGUAUGAUCAUUAGAUUAGGGCUUGAAGUAUACUAUAAGUAUUAGGGCUUAGCUUUUUAAAAUGUGAUGUUCAUUAAAGUAUGAGCGUUUUUGUCAUGUGGUGCUUUUUAUAGUGUGUUUGUAUAGCAAUAUUUUAUCAUAGAUUCAUCUUCAAAAUCACUUUCAUUCACUCAUUGAAAAUUAUUUAAAAAAAUACUUUUUGUUAUAUAUGACUUUGUUUUAUCGUGUUUUAAAUGUAUUUUUGUAUUGUUGCAGUUUUUUGUCCCCUACAAGUUUCACCGGAGGGGACUUAUGGUUUGCGCUCUGUCUGUCAGUCUGUCUGUCAGUCAGUCACACUUUUCUGGAUCCUGCGAUAACUUUAAAAGUUUUUAAUAUUUUUUCAUGAAACUUGAAACAUGGAUAGAUGGCAAUAUGGACAUUAUGCACGUCAUUUCAUUUUGUUGCUACGUCAAAAAUUCUGGUUGCUAUGGCAACAAAUACACUAAAAUUACUGCUGAAAAUGGUGAUUUUCUGGAUCCUGCGAUAACUUUAAAAGUUCUUAAUAUUUUUUCAUGAAACUUGAAACAUGGAUAGAUGGCAAUAUGGACAUUAUGCACGUCAUUUCAUUUUGUGCUUACGUCAAAAAUUCUGGUUGCUAUGGCAACAACAAAAAUUCUGACAAUUGUGGAAUUUCUGACAAUGGUGAAGCCGGUAGGGGACUAUAUUGCUUGGCAAUAGUCUUGUUGUUGAUGCUGUGUGUUGUUAUAACCUGGUUACAGUAUUUCAACCCAGGAUCAAAAUGAUCCUGUAGUAAGUUGUGGCUAACACAUUCAUGUUGUGAUCCUCUUUCACAGUCAGAACUUUCCAGAGUCCUGACUACCCAACACUUCAAUCUAUAUCCACCAGUAUGCCAAAUGGAUGAUAAAACAGACAUACUGACCUGAAUCAAUUAGGACGUCAGUCACUCCCAACACGUUUUUCUCUCCCAUAAAUUUAAAAAUCAGACACUGGACCUGCUAUAUAGUAAAAUAUAUGCUGAUAUACUUUGUACCUGCUUCAUGGCUUAAGAUUUAAAGUCAUCAUCUAUAAAUUAUAAAGAUAGUGGACCAAUUUUUAAAUAUCUUUUCACUAGUGGUAAAUACUUUGACUUUUUCAAUAAACAAUAUAUUGUUUACUAUCAACAAAACUGAUUGCUGCUACAUGUAAUAGGUAUUUCUCUGUAUGGUAUUUAUCCCUGGGCCUAAAAAUGAAAUCAUUUUAUUUGACAUUGUAACAUAGUCCUGGUCUUGAAGUUUUGGUAUAUUUUAAAUUAAUUGAUUUAUCUGAAUUUUGUAUAUUGGUAACUUGUAACAUUUUCCUUUUUCACAUGCCAUUAUGUUGCUUUUAAAAUUAAGUUAAUUAGUUAAUGACAAGUGAAAAUGAUGUCAACGUUUAGAUUCUGGCCACAGUCCCAAUGGCUCUGGAUUGAUGAGGAUGUAAACUUGUCUGACAGGAAACAAAAGUCUUUCAAUAAAGCUCAAUGUGAAUGCCUCUUCAUGUAAGAUAGGUGUGAGUGGGAUGAUUAAUAUUGGCAGUGAAGUUUAACCUCUAGAUUAAAGUUGCUGUUCUUGAUUUUCACAAACGCUCUGACCUCAGAUUACACAUUUGUGAUGUUGUGAAACGAAGUGCUUCCCAUAUAUUUAUGCCUCCCUUGAAGAAGAGGGGGUAUAUUGUUUUGCACAUGUCGGUCGGUCCGUCCACCAGAUGGUUUCCUAAUGAUAACUCAAGAACGCUUAGGCCUAGGAUCAUGAAACUUCAUAGGUACAUUGAUCAUGACUGGCAGAUGACCCCUAUUGAUUUUCAGGUCAAAGGUCAAGGUCACAGUGACUCGAAAUAGUAAAAUGGUUUCCCGAUGAUAACUCAAGAAUGCUUAGGCCUAGGAUCAUGAAACUUCAUAGGUACAUUGAUCAUGACUGGCAGAUGACCGUUAUUGAUUUUCAGGUCACUAGGUCAAAGGUCAAGGUCACAGUGACUCGAAAUAGUAAAAUGGUUUCCGGAUGAUAACUCAAGAAUGCUUAUGCCUACGAACAUGAAACUUCAUAGGUGCAUUGAUCAUGACUGGCAGAUGACCCUUAUUGAUUUUCAGGUCACUAGGUCAAAGGUCAAGGUCACAGUGACUCGAAAUAGUAAAAUGGUUUCCGGAUGAUAACUCAAGAAUGCUUAUGCCUAGAGGAUCAUGAAACUUCAUAGGUACAUUGAUCAUGACUGGCAAAUGACCCCUAUUGAUUUUCAGGUCACUAGGUCAAAGGUCAAGGUCACAGUGACUUGAAACAGUAAAAUGGUUUCCGGAUGAUAAAUCAAGAAUGCUUACGCCUAGGAUCAUGAAACUUCAUAGGAACAUUGAUCAUGACUGGCAGAUGACCCCUAUUGAUUUUAAGGUCACUAGGUCAAAGGUCAAGGUCACAAUGACUUGAAACAGUCAAAUGGUUUCAGGAUGAUAACUCAAGAAUGCUUUCUCCUAGGAUCAUGAAACUUCAUAGGUACAUUGAUAAUGACUGGCAGCCCUUGUUUCUUAUUGAUGUUGACAUUAUGUGUAUGGCUGUACAGACAUAUCCAUUAGCAUUUUCCAGAUGUAUGUUUCAACUAGUUUGAAAUAUGUUUAGCGCGUUUUUAUGAUUGCAGUAUACCAAUAUUACCAAUAGGUAAUUCAUGGAAGGAAUCAUUAUGAUGAAAUAUUACUCUAAUAAUUCUGUUGAUUUCCCAUUCUGUUGUGUUUUUUUUUCAAAAUUUCAAUUUAAAAUUCAAUGAAAAGUUUCUUUCCUGGAAGUUUGCUUUCAAUGUAAUCAUUUGUACGAUUAUGUUUACAUAUAUCUAUCAUAUGUAUCAGAUCAGAUCCUAUGUAUUCAGAUCUAAAACAAAGACUUUCAAUUGGUUGCAAUAGUCCAAGCCUAUUGUGCAAGAAACUUUCCUUCUCCUUGUGACCAUGAAUGUAUUAAAAAAUUAUUGUAUGUCAUAAAAUGUAAAUAAAAUACAUUAUAAACAAUUGUAAAACAAUUACUCUGGAAUUUGUGUUUAGGACUAAAGAGUUUUUAAUGUUGAUGUUUUAUUCUUUCUGUUAAUGUAUUUUUGUGCAUUUUAGCACCAUUGAUUUAAAACUUAUUACGUAUUGCAUGAUGCUAAGAAGAAGAUAAACAUGUGUAAAUUAUAAGAAUUAUUUUGUGAUGUGUUCUUGCAAAAUAUUUUAAUUCACCAUAAGUUUAAAAUUAUUAUUGUAAAUUGGGCGGUUUUAUUCUGUAAUAGCUUUCUAGAUCUGACAUAUACAAAUUAAGGUUUAGUUAGAAUUUUGCAUUUGUUGUUUAAAUUAUAGUUUGUACAUGUUCUUAUAUGUUGUUUUGUUAAUUAUUCAUCAAUGGUGUUUUCCAUAUUGCAGCUGUAUGCAGCUUUCAUUUCUAUCAAUGUUAUCAAAAUUAUGAUGUAAUAAUAGUUCAUUUUAUAAAUGAAUUAAUUUAUUAAUUUGUAUUAUUUGUGCUUUAAUAUUUAAGCAAAUGUAAGGAGUGUUUUCACUUCGUUUUAGAAGUGCAUAUAUUUAAACCAUGUGUUAAUGUUUAGUUUGAAAUAAAAUUGGUAUGAAUCAUAACAAAUAUUUUUGCUGGAAGGUAUGUCCCCUUUGUACAGCUGCAAUUGGGAAAACAUGAUUAUGUUGUUGAGAAUAUAUGUUAAAAGUAUAAAACUAUUAAAAUGUUUUGAUGCAAAACAAAAUAAUAAAAAACGGAUAAUUCUG